GCUAUCGCUGGGGUUCGCUGUUUCCAUUUCGUCUCUCUUCUGCAACCCGUGCUGCUGCCGAUGCUUCGUGGCUGUCGUGUUUUGGUCUCUGCUUGAAGAUGACAGCGAGAAAGUCUGGGUCACGACUCGAGACAGAGAUAGAACGAUGCCGUUCGGAAGGGCAAUGGGACAAGAUACCAGAGCUCGUACGGCAACUCUCUGCCAAACUAAUAUCCAACGAUGACCUGGGGGAGCUGCUUCUGGGGGAGUCCAAGCUCCAGCAGUACCUGAAGGAGAACCCCAUCAAACAGGGGGCCAGCCCCAGGGGUCCAAGACCCAGGCUAGUGGAGGUCCGGAAGCACCUGACGGCUGCCCUGGACCGAGGGAACCUCAAGCCUGACUACAUGCAGGAGGCCAGCAUGUUGAUGGCCAAGCUGUCCUACGUGGAGGGUGACUACAGUGAGGCCCUCAACCAGUACAGCAAAGUGACUCUGGAUGAGCUGGCGCUGGUGGGAGCCCCCGUCUACCGCCUGUCCAUGAUUGCAGAGGCAUACGCUACCAAAGGUCUGUGUCUAGAGAAAGUUCCGGCUGCCUCUUCGUCUCUGUCCAAUCUAAAUCUGGACAAAGACCAGGAAGUCAUUACCUGUUACGAGAAGUCUGGAGACAUCGCCCUGCUAUACCUACAGGAAGUAGAGAAGGCCCUCAGUGCUGGGAUGCAGAACCGAAGUCCAAAGCCAGGGCCAGUGGGUCAGGAACAGGAACUGGGAUACUUCCUGGAGACAGGACUUCAGAGGGCACACGUCAUCCACUUCAAAAACGGUAACCUGACCCGGGGAGUUGGCCGCUUCCGGGAGAUCCUCCGAGCCAUAGAGACCAGGACUACACAAAACCUCAGGAUGACCAUAGCCAGACAGCUGGCAGAGAUCCUGCUGAGGGGGAUGUGUGAGCAGAGCUACUGGAGUCCUCUGGAGGACCCCCCCAGCCAGUCGCCCCUGGAUGACCCCCUCCUUCGCCAGGGAGCCCCCUACACCAAGGACUACGCUCUGAGCCGCCGACCGCGUGUCUAUUCUGGAGAGAACCUGUUUUGUCCUCAGGAAAACACAGAAGAGGCUCUGCUGCUGUUGCUGAUCAGUGAAUCGAUGGCCAACCGAGACGCCGUACUGAGUCGGAUCCCAGAACACAACAACGACCGCAUCAUCAGCCUGCAGAGCGCCUCUGUGGUCUACGACCUGCUGACCAUCGCUCUGGGCCGACGGGGGCAGUACGAGAUGCUCUCUGAGUGUCUAGAGAGGGCCAUGAAGUUUGCAUUUGAGGAGUUCCAUCUCUGGUACCAGUUGGCCCUGUCACUGAUGGCUGCUGGGAAGUCGGCCCGGGCGGUGAAGGUGCUGAAGGAGUGUAUCCGUCUGAAGCCUGAGGACCCAACCAUCCCCUUACUAGCUGUCAAGCUGUGCAUCGGAGCGCUCCAUUGGCUGGAGGAAGGAGAGCAUUUUGCCAAAAUGGUGGUGGACAUGGGAGAGAAGGCUUCGGAGUUCAGGGCCAAAGGUUACCUGGCCUUGGGUCUGGUGUACAGCCUGAAGGCCACAGACGCAUCUCUACGUGGGAUGCAGGAAGAGAACCAGAGGAAGGCCCUGGGUGCAUUCCAGAGGGCCCAGAGCUUGUCCCCCACAGACCACCUGGCUGCCUUCUACCUGGCCCUGCAGCUAGCUGUGUCACGGCAGAUACCGGAGGCGCUGGGGUACGUGCGGCAGGCCCUGCAGCUCCAAGGAGACGAUGUGCACUCCCUUCACCUGCUGGCCCUGCUGCUGUCAGCCCAGAAACACUACCACGAUGCUCUCAACAUCAUCGAGAUGGCGCUCAGCGAGUACCCCGAGAACUUCAUCCUGUUGUUCACCAAGGUGAAGCUGGAGACGUUGUGUCGAGGACCAGAGGAGGCUCUGCUCACCUGCAAACACAUGCUGCAGAUCUGGAAGUCCUGUUACAAUCUCACUAACCCCAGUGAUUCAGGUCGAGGCAGCAGCCUGCUGGACAGAGCCAUAGCCGACCGCAGGACGCUCAAUGCCAUGACCUUGCCUGACUUCAGUGAUCCAGAGACUGCCUCUGGCUCCGGUUCUUCUUUCUCCGGGUCUGAGCCCUCUUCCCCUCUCUUUCACGCCGGCUACCCCCUCCACCCUCUUCCACCCCCCGCACCCCCAAAGGCCAACCCCCCUCUGCACCUUCCGAAGCCGACCGGCAGCCACCAUUAUUUCUGUGACCACACCCCUCGACGCCAGUCUACCAAUAGCUCAGUCCACGCCACAUCCAUGGCGGCGUCACGGGUGGAACAGGCCCUGUCAGAGGUGGCCUCGUCCAUGCAGAGCAGCGCCCCAAAACACGGACCCCUACACCCCUGGAUGACCCUGGCCCAGAUCUGGCUCCAUGCAGCCGAGGUGUACAUCGGCAUGGGAAAGCCUGCGGAGGCCACCGCCUGCACCCAGGAGGCUGCCAACCUGUUCCCCAUGUCCCACAACGUGCUCUUCGUGCGGGGCCAGGUGGCCGAGCUGCGGGGCAACGUGGACGAAGCCAAGCGCUGGUACGAGGAGGCCCUCUCCAUCAACCCCACCCACGUCAAGACCAUGCAGAGGCUGAAUCAGCCUGGCACAAGAACAGGAUUAGCCUUCCAGCAACAGAGAACAGCAGAGCAAAGCAGCUUACCGGCUGACUGGGGGCUGAUCCUACACCAGCUGCAGCGGUAUAGCCUGGCGGAGAAAAUCCUUAGGGACGCUGUGCAGGUGAACUCGACGGCGCACGACGUGUGGAACAGCCUGGGGGAGGUGUUGCAAGCCCAGGGCAACGCUGGCGCCGCUACAGAGUGUUUCCUGACGGCCCUGGAACUGGAGGCUUCCAGCCCAAUACUCCCCUUCACCAUUAUACCUCGACAGCUCUGACCUGGAGGGACACACACACUGUAUAUACAAAAGCCAGACCCUUGUGGACAAACACGCAAAGGCUAUGUUCCAAUGUCCAUAAUAGCAUCCCACUUAGAAUGCAUGCGCCAUAGAUUGUCUUUCUGAGUAGUAUGCUAGUGUGGACUUGUUAACACACAUACUGAACAUAGACACAUUUGUGUGUGUGUGUGUGUGUGUAUAUAUAUAUACGCAUACAUACACACACACACACACUCCUGAGCCACACCAACUGACCAAGCCACUCCAUCUCACCCAGAGUGAGUGUGCCAAAAACCUUUCCUCUACCUUCCUCUACUUCCUGUUUCGAAGCUUCUGCUGCCCAAACCACCACCAAGCCUGUGGUACCUUGGAGCCCCAUUUAACACCCUCUGUGUAACCCAAUCAUAGGUCUAGCUAGAUCAGCUGGACUGACCAUAACCCCGAACUGACCAGACACAACUUCCUAGGGUCCAGGCACUUACAUCGGACUGAUCGCCAUGACAACCACUGUGCUGUCCCUACUCCCUAGUCUCCGCUGUGAACGCUGUGUCGUAUCCCACAAUCCUUCUCUAUGCCUCACUGCAGUACUUUACCCCCUUGUCCCAUGAUCCCGACAACGGCCGCGCAGGAUGACAAAAGUAAACCAAGCAUGCCAGACAGGCAGUUACGGGCAACUUGGUUUGUCGUGUUUCACAAAGAACUCAAUGCAGAAAGGCCUUUAGAAGAGACAGAAAGAGUGAGAGUAGAGGGGUGGAGGGGCGGGGGUCACACAGACAUACUUGCAGAGCUUUGCAUUCCAGGUGACGUGACAAAGUAGUGCUGAGCAGCGGGACAAUGGAUGCCAUCACCAGACCCCACCUUGUCUGUUCUAAUGCAUUGUCAUAGCUUUCAACCCCAAUAAUGCUGACUAUUGCCUAACCUGACAAUGCUUGUAUGUAUGUACUGUGUGUGUGUGUGUGUGUGUGUGUGUGUGUGUGCGUAUAUGUGUGUGUGUGUGCGUGUGUAUAUUUGUACAUGUUUUUACACGUAUAUAUGUACAUAUAUGUGCGUGUUUCAAAGGCUUGUGGUUAGUUGUUCAUAAAGAAAAAAGGGUUAAAUAUGUUCCUCAAUAUCACUUGAAAUUUGUGUGUUUUAUGGUGAAUCUGUAGUUUUUUUGAUGUCUCACACUUUCAAUGUGUGCUGAGGGCGUGUGCUCGUGCUGUUACUCUGCGUCCCAAAAUGCAGCAGUGUGAAGAAAGGUGAUGCAACUGUAUAUUUGAAAUGAGCUCCUCUUCACUAAACCUCUGUCUGAAUUAUUUGGGUUGUUUUUUUCAGUUAUUCUAACUUUAUAUCGGUUCGUUAGGUCACAAGCUGUUGUUUAUCACUUCUGUAAUCACUGAUAACAAAAUGGCAGAAUAUUUUUUAUUUCAGAUGAAUUAGUGUUAAUUGUUUCAGGAUUUUAAAUUAUAUUUUACAGUGAAUAGCAUUAUUGAAAUUUGACAGACAUUGCAAUAUAAAUAUUUGACUGUUUCGGCUCAGUGAUAUUCAUGGUUCUAGUCUGCUGUAGCACCUCUCUGAAUGCAGGAUCUACCUGCAUGGCAUGUCCCAUUGUGAAUGGCCAGUACUCCCCCCCCCCCCCUGAACUCUGGUUUAAAAACGGAGUAGCGCUGAGGCUGACCCUGUCCGUCUGCGGGCCUAUAGCACAUACUGUGUGAUACAACUGGAAAACUGUAUAACGAUGUCAAUAAAAAGUGAUUGAAUAAA